UUUAAAAGGGCUGCCUACACCGGGGAAUCUUGGGAAAGACUUGACUUUGGUUAUUUGAAAGCCAAGCUGCACUUCUACAGGCUACAAUGGAUACCAGCAGCUCCGCCCAUGGAGCCGGCGUUGCAGCCUCUUCGUCUUCCUCGCAGAGCUCAAACCGGUGGAAGUACGAGGUGUUCCUGAGCUUUAGAGGCGACGACACGCGCACUACCUUCACAGACCACCUCUUCAUUGCGUUACGCAAUGCCGGAAUCAACACUUCCAUAGACUACCAGCUCACAAGGGGGGGAAACAUACAGAGUGAACUUGACCAAGAAAUCGAAGGGUCGAGAAUCGCCGUCAUCAUCUUCUCGAAGAGGUACGCGGAGUCCCGAUGGUGCCUGAGGGAGCUGUCGAAGAUCAUGAGGUGCCUAAAAGAUCAAGAGGGGAAAAUAGUAUGUCCAAUAUUCUACGACGUUGACCCUUCUCAAGUCAGGAAACAGAAUGAUAGUUUUGGGAAAGCAUUUCAGAAGCAUGAAUGGGAUGAAGAUCCAAACGAGGUCAAGCAGUGGAGAGAGGAUCUUAAGGCUUCUGCAGAUUUGGUUGGCUGGAACCUCAAAACCACGGCCGACGGGCGUGAAGGAGUGUUUAUCGAGAAAAUUGUUGGGAACAUCAAGGAACUAUUGAAAACUGCAGACUUAAAAGAAGCCAAGCACUCAGAUGGAAUGACUUCUCGUGUGCAGAACUUCAGUACUGAAUACUUAGACGUCAGUACUGAAUACUUAGAUGUUGGACGUUCACCUGAUGUUCAAAUAAUUGGAAUUAGGGGUAUGGGCAAUAUAGGUAAAACAAUGUCAGAUUUGCCGAACUGCCGCAAACUCAAAGAUAUUCCAAACUUGGAGAACUCAUUGGACCACAUGUAUUCAAUUCUUAUGGAAGGGUGUACCAGUCUCACUGAUACUUUUAAGGAGAACCUCCGAAGGAGAAAUGCAUUUGGUGGAAUUUUUCUCUCCGGAAAUGAUAUUCCUAACUGGUUAGCCUAUGUCACGGGAGAGGAUAAAACUGUCAAAUUUCAAGUGCCGCCAAGUAUUGAUUAUAUAGGAGGGUUGGCUUUGGGCAUCGUUUAUUCUUUAGACAACUCCGACUCUACCGGGUCUCUAUGCAUUGAUGUUGUUAAUUGUACCCAGCGAACUAAGUUUCGCAUCUGGCCAAUGAAGGCCACCGUAACUGCUUCCCAUGAAUAUUAUCUUUGGUUGGGAAAUCUUUCAAACAAGAAGCUCAAUCUGAAAGGCGGUGACAUGGUUCUUCUAAAAGCGGAAUUUUAUGGAGGAGAUAAUAGAAUUAAGGAGAACAAAACAGGAGUGGAUAUGGUAAAAUGGGAUUUGUCUGAUGAAGACACUGAUGACGAUACACAGUUGGACAUUCGCCACGUUUUCUUCUGCUACAAGACCCCCGAGGCCUGGCCGUGGUGCAUCAACGGCUCUAAGUCCGAUCCACUCCCUAAGUUCUUCACUUCCGCUCUCAAAGCUCGCAAGAACGACAUCACCUUUAAGACGUCGAUGACUGUAAUUGAAGGACAUGAAGGAACUGAGUUUUCCGACGGCGAUGUGUUGAUUUUCCCACAAAUGAUCAAAUACAGGGGUUUGAAAGAGUCGGAUGUGGACAACUUUGUUGAUGAUGUCCUUGUGAAUGACAAGCCAUGGGCUUCCAGAGUGCAAGAGCCGUUGACUGGCUCCCAUGUAUUUGUAUGUGCACAAGGUAGUCGAGAGGAAUGGAAUCAUGAUAGUGCACGUGUUCUCAUUUAUAAGUUCAAAGAGGAGGUUGAGCUGCGAGGAUUGACGAAUCAGGUAUUUGUUGCUGCUUGCUUUCACACUGGAGGCCACAAUGGAAACAUGAUUAUCUAUAGCUCAGGUUCAGAUGGAAGCAUAACAGGCCAUUGGUAUGGCGACGUCACUCCUGAUGAUGUGCCGGAAUUGCUUGAUGAGCAUAUUGGGAAGGGAAAGAUUAUAAAACGACUGUGGAGGGGCCAAAUGGGAGCAUCUUCUGAUGAAGCUGAAGAAAUCAAUGACCGGGAGCUUCCAAAUGGAGAAGAAAAUAAGAAAAUUGAGGAGAAGCCACAAGAAAAUGGCAAUCAGAUUCACCAAGAAAAGGGCAAUCAAAUUGAGAAUAAUGAGAACUUUUCAGGUUGUUGCCAGGGUGCUAAUAGUGAUGGAUUUACAUGUUGCGAAGAAGUAAGUUUGGAGGAGAACGGUGGAAGUGAGGAAAAAAAGCCGAAAGAAACCAGGGAGUCGUGUGCCAGGAAGGAUGCCUUACGGAAGCUGUCAAGCUUGAUUGGAGCAGUGGCAAUAGUAGUUGUGGCCUAUUGCUUUUAUAGAAGGUUAGGCAGAAAAGUACUCUAAUCCAUGUCGGGUUUUGCCACAGGUGUCGAGGCCCUAUUUUCUUUUUCAUUUUUUCUUUGUAGAAAGAUGUUAUGAGGUCAAUUAAAUUAUCCUCCGAACCAUGCUCUUAUAUGAAAGGAGAAGUCUAAUAAACUGUUGAAUGGUUUUAUCUUGAUUGGGAUUUCUUAUGAGACUACUUGCUAAAGGUUGAUGUGGUAUU